UUAAAUUCUACUUCCUCCUUUUAGAUCAAACCUGAGCCUACUCGACUGUCUUGGGUUCUACACUUUUACGUUGGAGAGAAAAGAUGAUGUAAUUGCUGCAACAUCAAUCAGGGUUCAUGGUACCAAGCUAGCGGAGAUGGCGUUUAUUGGAACAAGAGAGAAGUAUCGAUGUGAAGGAAUGUGUCGUCAAUUGGUAGAUACAAUACGAUCUAUUCUUCUCUCGCUCAAAGUUGAGAAAUUGGUCUUACCAUCGACCCCUGAACAUGUUGAUUACUGGACAACACAUUUUGGAUUUGUGCAUUCUAAUGAGAUACAAAGACAAGAAAUGUUGUCCAAGAAUUUAAUGAUGUUCAAGGAUACAGUUUUAUUGGAGAAGACUUUAUUCCUACAUGAUGGUUUUAACGAAGAGCAAAAUGGAGCCGGUGAAGAUGGUCCUAGAGGAGAAGAUCAGCCACUCGAAGCCCUUCUGUUUGAUCUGAACCUUGAAUCUGAAGAGGAGGUUACUAUGGAUAAUGUGCACCAUAAUAAUGUGCAAAACAACAAAGAAGAGAUGCAACCCUUGGGGAUAUUCCUUACAUUGGAACCUGAUGGUAGUUUGCAACUCACUAAAAUAUUCACUGGCCGCUCUGAAUGCCUUAGACAUAUUAGUUUUUGA